CAGCAUUCCUUUGUUCCCUCAAAAGAGCUCAGGUUAAUUGUGCAACAUCCUGCUAUGUUGAAAAAGAAAAGUGCUGAGUAAUGCUUGAGCCUUUUCCUAUGGCUGAUGCAAACCUGGAGAAUUUGCAUCAUCAUUCAGCAAUACUAACUUGGUAUGACAGGAGCUUAUAUAUAUAAGACCAUGCGGAAGCUGAGCCCGACUUCCAAUGACAGAACAGCAACAAGCUCGCUGUGUAAAGGGGCAGGUGUUUCUGACUACUAUUUAGACAGCAGGGAAAAGUAAAAGAUACCUGAAGAGUUUUAUACCUGUUGGCACAAGUGGGUUGAAAGGCUACAGGCAGUGUGUGUGCGUGUGCGUGCGAGUGAAAGCAAUUAGCUAGACAAAGGCAGAGAGAGGAACAAAAAACCUGAAGUGCCUGGCGGAGACUUUAAAAAAAAAAUCUUUCUUGGAGUGUGUUGGCAGCACUGAAGCAUGUUUAGGAAACCUCCUGUAUCGACAGUUUGUAAUGGCAGCUACCUACAGGGGCAAUCUAAUGGCAAGUUUCCCUCAGUGUACACCACUAAGGCAGCCCACGAAGACAAGGUAGUGCUGAAGAAGAAAAUAACUCUUCUAAGGGGGGUAUCCAUUAUAAUUGGCACUAUCAUUGGAGCAGGAAUCUUCAUCUCUCCCAAAGGAAUCCUCAAGAAUACGGGCAGUGUGGGAAUGUCCUUAACAGUCUGGACUGUAUGUGGCAUCCUUUCGCUCUUUGGUGCUCUCUGUUAUGCUGAACUGGGAACAAGUAUCAAGAAAUCUGGUGGGCAUUAUACAUACAUCCUAGAAGCCUUUGGCCCACUCCCUGCUUUUGUAAGAGUUUGGGUAGAACUGCUCAUCAUACGCCCUGCUGCCACAGCAGUGAUAUCCCUGGCAUUUGGACGUUACAUUUUGGAACCAUUUUUUAUGCAGUGUGAAAUCCCAGAUCUUGCUAUAAAACUUAUUACAGCCGUGGGAAUCACAAUCGUAAUGGUCUUGAAUAGCAUGAGUGUCAGCUGGAGUGCCCGCAUCCAGAUUUUCUUAACCUUUUGCAAGCUCGUAGCAAUUUUGAUAAUUAUAGUCCCUGGAGUUAUGCAGCUAAUUAAAGGUGAAACUCAGCACUUUAAGGAUGCAUUUGUGGGGAAUGCAGCCAGUGUUAAGGGACUGCCUCUUGCUUUUUAUUCGGGGAUGUAUGCCUAUUCAGGCUGGUUUUACCUCAAUUUUGUUAUUGAAGAAGUGGAGAACCCUGAAAGAAAUGUUCCUCUUGCCAUUUGCACUUCAAUGGUUAUUGUCACAGUUGGCUAUGUGUUAACAAAUGUGGCCUAUUUUACCACGAUCAGCCCAGAGGAUCUGCUAGCCUCUCAGGCAGUGGCAGUGACUUAUGCUGAACGUUUACUGGGAAGUUUUUCUUUAGCCGUGCCCAUUUUUGUUGCACUGUCAUGCUUUGGAUCUAUGAAUGGUGGUAUCUUUGCUGUAUCCAGGAUGUUCUACGUUGCAUCCCGUGAGGGUCACCUUCCGGAAAUUCUCUCCAUGAUUCAUGUCCGCAAGCACACUCCUCUACCAGCUGUCAUUGUUUUGUAUCCUCUGACAAUGGUCAUGCUCUUUACCAGUGAUCUCUACAGCCUCUUGAACUUUCUCAGUUUUGCCAGGUGGCUUUUUAUAGGAUUGGCAGUUGCUGGGAUGAUUCGUCUUCGAUACAAACGCCGUGAUAUGCCUCGUCCUUUCAAGAUGCCGCUCUUUAUUCCUGCUCUGUUCUCCUUCACCUGCCUUUUCAUGGUUGCACUGUCACUUUAUGCUGACCCUGUCCAUACUGGCAUUGGUUUUGCAAUAACACUGACUGGUGUCCCAGCCUACUACCUCUUUAUCAUAUGGGACAAGAAGCCAAGGUGGUUUAGACAGCUUUUAGAAAAGAUGACAUCAACAUUGCAAAUAAUCUUGGAAGUUGUUCCAGCGGAGGAGAAUCCAAGAUCAUGAUCUUCUAUGACUAGAAGAAGCAGUGUGGACCAAGAAUACAUUUUUUUUUCAUUUGUCAAGGAAAAGAGAUUUCUUCUCUUUCCUAGGAAGCUUGAAAAAAUUACAUGAGCAUCAAUUUUAAAUUGAUAUCUGAUAAUGAACUGCAGAUGGAAUUGUUUUAUGAUUUCAAGCAUUUUAAAGUGUGGUUAUCUGCUACUACGGAUACAGGCCACAGUCUUGAAAGAAGAAGCUACAAGACCUUUGUGGAACAAAGGCAUCUUUGUCUUUUAUGAUAAUCAAGUCAAUGUGAUAUGAGAUUCCUUUUGUGAUAUUGUAUCAUAUGAAGGAUCCAGCUUUUCACAUUGAUGAUUUUUAUUUUAGUGUAAAUGAACAUUUGUUUUAAAAAUGUUCAAAAUAUUUAGAAAUAAUACAAGGGAAGAUGUUUGUAUUCUAUGUAUUGGGCCUGAAAAAAAGGGCAGGAAUAAAGAAUAUAUCUAUAUCUA